AUGUUUUAUCUAUUGCUUUGCAUAAUUCAACUAUUAAACUUAUCAGCUGCCGCAAGGUUCACUGAAGAUGAAAAGCUGUGGAAUCUUAAUCAAAAUACAUCUGCAACGCACCCUUUGGAGUAUUGGGGAACAUGGGAAAAUCAUCGGUUUCAUCCCAGUCCGAAUGAUUGGCGAUUUCCUUUCUACACAGUAAUUCUGGAUAAAUGGAAAGACGGGGAUCCUACCAAUAACGAAGCCAACGGUACUUUAUUUGAGUAUGAUAUGUAUGAGACUGGGUUCCGAAACGGUGGUGACAUCGUUGGCCUUCGUCUUUCUCUUGACUAUCUGGAGAGUCUUGGAAUAAAGGGAAUAUAUAUUGCAGGUACACCUUUUGUGAAUCAACCAUGGGGUGCUGAUCAGUAUUCUCCAUUGGAUUACACAAUUCUUGAUCAUCAUUCCGGUACAAUUGAACAGUGGAGGGAAACGAUUGAGGAUAUUCACAAACGCGGCCUUUACCUUGUGUUGGAUUUGACUGUUUCGACCUUGGGCGAUUUAGUUGGUUUUAAAAAAUACUUAAACACAACCACACCGUUCUCACUUUUUGAACAUGAGGCCGUAUGGAAAAACAAGUAUCAUUAUGCGGAUUGGACUUUCACCAAUAAAUAUGAUGCCAACUGUGAAUUACCACGGUUUUGGGGAGAAGAUGGUGGGCCCGUCGUAAUUGAUUACAAGGGUUGUUAUGAUUCAGAUUUUGACCAUUAUGGGGACACUGAAGCAUUUGGAACUCAUCCGGACUGGCAACGACAACUCUCUAAAUUUGCCUCCGUUCAAGACCGUUUACGAGAAUGGAAGCCGGAGGUCGCAGCUAAACUAAAACAUUUCGCAUGUUUAAUAAUUUCAAUGCUAGAUGUGGAUGGUUUUCGGAUUGACAAAGCAACCCAAAUUACUGUGGAUUUUCUUGCUUCGUGGUCCAGUUCUGUGCGCUCUUGUGCUAAAAGGUUCAACAAAACUAAUUUUUUCAUCCCUGGUGAAGUUACUGGAUCCUCAAGUUACGGCUCCAUAUAUUAUGGAAGAGGAAGACAACCGGAUCAAAGACCACCCUCGUUCGAGAAUGCGUUAAAACUGGUCGGUAAUGAAACUUUCUUUUUCUUACGCGGUCAGCAUGAUAAUGCAUUAGAUGCUUCUGCUUUCCAUUACUCACUUUAUCGAGCUAUUACACGGUUUCUGAGAAUGGAUGGCGAUCUGCAGGUUCGAUUUGACGUUCCUGUGGAGUUUACACAGGGUUGGAACAAAAUUGUCAUUUAUGAAGAUCAAAUAAAUCCCAACACGGGCACAUUUGACCCUCGUCAUUUAUAUGGAGUCACAAAUCAUGAUGUUUUUCGAUGGCCAGCGAUCGCCAAUGGCGCUGAAAAACUCAUUCUGGGAACGAUGGUUACAUUCUUUCUUUUUCCUGGUAUACCAUCAAUAUAUUAUGGAGACGAACAAGGAAUGUAUGUGCUUGAUAAUACUGCGAAGAAUUACAUAUAUGGACGACAGGCUAUGCCUUCUGCUAUGGCUUGGAAGUUACAUGGUUGCUAUUCUCUUGGAUCUGAGCAGUAUCCUACUUUUCCAAUUUCAAAAGCAAGCCAUGGUUGUCAAGAUGAAUGGAAUACGUUGGACCAUUUUGAUUUUGCAAAAGAAGAGUUGCAAAUUUUUAAGCAGUUUUCAGCUAUACGGAACUACUACGUUUCUUUAAAAGACGGAUGGAAGCUUAAACUGCUCGGGAAUUGGACUCACAAAGAACUGUAUGAACAUAGUUGGAAUGUUUCUACUGAGAUUGGAGUUUGGAGCGUUGUUCGUGGGUUUUUACCUGGAAUACAAAAUUUUACAAUUUCUCAGUAUGAAGAUUCUCGAACGUCUGACGUUUGGAUUUUAUAUACGAAUCAAAACUCAUCGGUGACACUUGAUCGCUCGUGCGACUCAGAGGAUGCUGUACUUGCUCCUUUUGAAUCGGGAAUCACGGUUAAAGACUUGAUCUUUCCGUUUGAGGAAUUUAAACUUUUGACAUCUAAAAAGCGUAUAUCCAAGAAUGGUCGGUCCUAUGGUUGCCUGCCGAAAGUUCGUCUGCCUGCUUGGGGGUACCGCCUGUUCGUACCGAAAUCACAGUUUACACGUUUUGCGCCGUACAUUACGUCGUUUUCUCCAGCACAUGAUUCUCGUCUAAUUAAUUAUAACUCAACCGUUUCCCUUACUGUCUCCUUUAACGAACCAAUGGACUGUGAGAUGUUGACGAAACGUAUGUCAUUUAAGUCAAAGACUCUUUAUUCAACGGUAUUACAUGUUGAUGAAAGUUCGGUCGUAUGCAGCAAUGUUACUAUAAAGCCAAAUCUUAAUCUUACUGGGUUAAGUACUACUAAGUUUACUUGGUCUGGGCGUUUAUACAACGUUCAAGAUGGGCUUCAUCAAGUUACAAUUCCAAGGGUUUUUAAUUCGGAUCACAGUUUGUUGAGUGAUACAAACUACAACCUUAUGUUCCGUAUAGGUUCUCCAGACAAUCCAAUGGUUUUUAAUGCCGCUAAUCGCUCAUCCGACAUUCUAACCAAAGAUGGAAAUUCAUUUUUUAUAAACCAUAAGGCUUCAGGUGCCGACUAUUAUCGAUACUCUGUCGAUUAUGGGUUACAUUGGUCGAAUUGGACUCUGUAUGAUGGGCGUCCAACUAAUUGCACUGACGCUCUAACAAAUCUUACAAAAUCAUGGAGUGGACAUUAUGUGAAAGUCCAAUACUGGAGUGAAAUGGCUAGCUCUGCCAAUCAUAUGCAAGAGGGAGGACUUUCUCAAUAUGGAACCUUUCCUCAUUUGUAUCUUAAUGGACCUUAUAACGAAUGGGGAUUUGACUCUGGUAUAUCAAACGAAAUACCCCUUUCUAAAGAUUCACCUGGAGAAAAACUUUUAUCACGAGAGUAUAUGGCUCAGUCGGAAAUAAGCACCGUUCUUAAAAGACUCCCUCCUUCUGAACUCGACGAAACGGUUACGUGGAUUAAGAAACCUCCGCCGACGGGAUAUUUGUCUUGGGAGAUCAUUUUAAAUGACUACACCCGUGAAUAUCAUUUACAGCCUAGGGGAUCAACGCUUGUAUCCUUUAUUAUUUAUUUCUUAUUUUUUAUCGCGCCUCUCGUUACAGCACUUGUCGCUGUUUUUUCUUUUAAGAAUUUCUUCUAUCAAGUCAAAUUUAACAAAGGCAAGAAGAACAAACGUUCUCCGUUGCUUCAUUUAACAAAAAGACACAAGACUGAAGAAUUGACUGACUCGUUAGACGUGUCAAAUCUUCGGAAUGUUGGCAACUUAUCGGAUGAAAAGCGAAAAGUUGUUUUAAUUGCAACUUUGGAGUAUGACAUUGAAGAUUGGGCAAUCAAAAUUAAAAUUGGUGGUCUUGGCGUUAUGUCACAACUAAUGGGAAAACACCUUACCCAUGUCGAUUUAAUAUGGGUCGUACCUUGUGUCGGAGAUAUUGUCUAUCCCUUCGAGCAUGAGGAAAGUCCACUUGAAGUUACUGUCCUCGAUCAGGUUUAUUUGAUCCGUGUAUACUCACAUCGGCUUCGAAAUAUUAAGUAUAUUCUAUUAGAAGCGCCUGUGUUUAGAAGACAAACUUCAAAUGAACCUUAUCCAGCAAGAAUGGAUGACCUAAGUUCCGCUAUUUUUUAUUCUGCUUGGAAUCAAUGCAUUGCUGGCAUAAUUAAACGAUAUCCCAUCGACUUGUAUCACAUUAAUGAUUAUCAUGGAGCGCUUGCUCCAUGUUAUCUUCUCCCUUCUGUCAUUCCUUGCGCUCUCUCAUUACAUAACGCUGAAUUUCAAGGAUUAUGGCCUUUACGUACUCCAGAAGAAAAAGCCGAGGUGUGCUCUGUUUACAACAUUUCAUCACGCAUUUGUUCAAAAUAUGUUCAAUUUGGUAAUGUUUUCAAUCUUUUGCAUGCCGGUGUUUCCUAUUUACGCAUUCACCAAAAAGGUUUUGGCGUCGUUGGCGUUUCAAACAAGUAUGGAAAACGGUCAAGAGCCCGUUAUCCUAUUUUUUGGGGUUUAAAAAAAAUAGGCAAGCUGCCUAAUCCUGAUCCCACUGACACGGCUGCACUUGCUGAUGAGUCCCAUGUCGAUGCGGAGAUCACUAUUGAUGCAGAGGCGGAAGCCUUAAAAAAAGUCCAUAAGAGGCAAGCUCAAGAGUGGACACAUUUAGAUGUUAACGAUGAUACAAAUUUGCUUGUGUUUGUUGGACGAUGGUCAAUGCAAAAGGGAAUUGACCUAAUUGCCGAUUUGGCUCCCACAUUACUUGAAGAAUAUAAUGUUCAGCUGAUCACCAUUGGACCUGUCAUUGACCUUUAUGGCAAAUUUGCUGCAAAAAAAUUGGAGUUCUUGAUGAAUCGUUAUCCAGGGAGAGUGUUUUCCAAACCAGAGUUUACACAACUUCCACCGUAUAUAUUCAGCGGCGCCGACUUUGUCCUAAUUCCGUCUCGUGAUGAACCAUUCGGACUAGUUGCUGUUGAGUUUGGUAGAAAGGGUGCUUUGGGUAUCGGUGCUAGAGUCGGCGGUCUUGGCCAAAUGCCAGGUUGGUGGUAUACUGUCGAAUCCAAUGCUACUUCUCACUUACUGCGACAAUUUGAACAGGCUUGUAGACAAGCUCUUAGUUCGUCGCCCAACGUAAGAGCAAAGCUUCGUGCGAAAUCAGCUCGCCAACGUUUUCCGGUCCUGGAAUGGGUGUCAAAACUUGACAGAUUGAUGAAUGGAUGUAUACGUCUAAGUAAAAAAUGUCAAAAGCAAGGAUCGACUCCUUUAAAGCGCUCAACUGAAAAGUCAAAACCUACUUCUGGAAAUUCCGAUAUCACUCAAACCUUACGGGAGGACUUAAUCUCGGAAAGCGAGAAUCCUAUGGAACCUAUUUCGGAAAGCGUACAAGUUAAUGAGCAGAAGGAAUGUACGUCUUCAUUAAUCAGAAAAGGUUCACUAGGAUCAUGUAGCGGACCUGGACACUCCUUAGUUACCUUGAGCAAACCCGAUCCACUUAAAGCAAUUGAAGAGGAAGUCAUACUUGAUAACCAACAAGAUGUUCAUGAAAGUGGAGGUCCGCGUUGUAUGGAUCCUGAUGGUAUAUAUCAAGCCAGCGUUGUAUUAGGAAUGUCGCAAAAUGAACUUGGUAAUUCAGGAUCGGAAUUACAGGAAGUUGACGAUGCGAACUCAAUUCUUGAACCACCGAAUCGUGGCGUUCUUGCUUCCUAUCGAGAUGAUGAUAGUAGCGAAUUUUCAACUACAGACAAUCUUCCAUCUUAUUGUCCUUCUGAAGCAGAGAGGCCAAGCGAGGUUGCGGAUGCGCAAGUCACUAUCUAUCGUGCGCAACCGACCAGUCCUCCUCGAGACUUUUCAAGUAAUCUUCACAAUGAUUCACAAUUAAGCUUGGCAUCGGUGAUUUCACUUAGCGGCAAUAAGGAAUUUGCCCUUUCUCGGACUGAUUUGGAUUUCACGGAUAGCAAAGGUCGUGCCCUCGAAUAUUUUUCUACGUUCUUAGAGGGGCUUACACCAAAGACAUCCAAGGAAGAAUUGUGUAUAGAGACCUUUCUUACGAAAAUGAAAAAGGAGUGGUAUGACGGCUUAAGAAAUCUUAAAUUUGGUCUACAGAAACCAAACAAACUAAUUAAAAAGGAGGAUGAGGCUUUACUUCAAAACAAUUAUAGUGCAUUUUCCUUUUCGCAUGUGAACUGUGAAAAGGAUGAUCAAGCUGAAGGUGCGAAUCAAUCAAAGAAUUCUUUGCCGACUGUUGGUAUCAAAGGAAACAUAAGAAUUAAGCGCUUCAUGCAACGACGUUUAGGAGAAUGGCCGGUUUAUACGUUAUUUUUAUCACUCGGACAAAUCCUAGCGGCUACUUCUUUUCAAUUGACGCUACUUACCGGUUCAGCAGGACAAUCGUCAACACAACUGUACAUCAUUGGAGGGCGUCGUUGUCGUUACAUUGCCAUUUGGUUUAUAUUGUUUAUCCUUUGCGCUUAUCGGCAUUUCAUCCCUAAUACUCUCUGUAAAACCGCUCAGCUUUGCUUGACUUAUGCUGCUAGUUGUGUCUAUGGAAUGGCCUCUGCAAGUGGUUCUCUUUACUUCUCACUUAAUUUUGGAGACGAGGGAAAUACCGGUGUUCUGUCUUGGAUAUCCAGAGCAUGCGUUGUUCAAGGACUACAACAAGUUUGGGCUGCAUGUCUAUGGUACUGGGGUUCCUAUGUUGAUCACAGUAUACAGAAAGAACAUCUUUUCUCCUACGACAUGUAUCCUACUGGCAUGGUUGCGGCCAUUGCUUGGCCUCUUGCUAUUAUGAUGAUUGUUGUUGGAAUCCUUCUUGUUCUUGGCUUGCCGGACUUUUACUGGGAAAUUCCGGGUAAAAUACCUGCAUUCUAUAUAUCAUUAUUACGGAGAAAGUUAGUUUUGUGGUUUAUUGUUGCCACAGUGCUACAAAACUACUGGCUUUCAACACUUUAUGGCCGCUCAUGGAAGUACUUAUGGGGAAGCGUUGCUGUUGACUCUUGGAAAAUACUAUUGAUGGCCAGCAUUUUCUUCGUCUUCGUGUGGACACUAAUGUUAAGCUUAUUAGGUUUAAAGUCUACGACGCACUCGUGGCUCCUGCCCAUUUUCGGCGUCGGUUUGGGCUCGCCACGUUGGCUUCAAAUGAUGUGGGGUACUAGCAACAUCGGGCUGUACCUUCCCUGGGCAGGAGAUUUUGGACCCUUUGCUGGUCGCCUCUUGUGGUUGUGGCUAGGGGUGCUGGAUGCCAUCCAAGGAAUCGGGGUAGGAAUGAUACUGCUGCAGACACUGACGAGGCAGCAUAUUGCGACUACGCUUAUGACAGGUCAAAUCAUUGGUACUGUUGCCUCCCUUCUUGCUCGUGCGACCGCGCCAAACCGACUGGGCCCUGGACCCGUGUUCAUUGACUUGACCGCCUGGGACUUUAAGGAUGGUGGCCAAGUGUUUGCGAAUGUCCCCUUCUGGAUUUGUCUCGUCUCACAGCUUGUCGUGAGUGGGGGCUAUCUUCUGUUUUUCCGGCGGGAAAAUCUUUCUCGACCUUGA